UAGGUAUUCAACUGUCUAUACCGACAAGUCGUGUUGGUGACUAUUAUGAUUUGUAUUUGAAAUUGCAGUGAAGUAAAGAAUUUAAAUUUAAUUAAUCGAUUGCAACAUUCAGAACACAGCGGUAAUGGCAUCCCUUAAGUUUGACACUGAUAACGACGCGACCAAUUCCGGUCCGUCUCGACGUCGUUCAAAAUUGUUGAAAACCCCAUUUAUAGGAGCUAUUAUUGUAUUCGUAUUAGUCGCAGUGGGUUUUGGCUAUUGGAUGUUUCCUACACACAAUGAGCACAGCGUUUGCAACACCAAUGAAUGCAGAGAUACUGCUUCUGUGGUGCUCAGCAAGAUCAACCCACAGAUUAAUCCCUGUGAUAACUUCUAUGAUUUUUCAUGCGGCACCUACGUUGACAAGAUGAUCAUACCCGAAGACAAGACCCAUAUUAACAGGUUGACCGAUAUUGCGGACAAAGUUCAUGAGCAACUGAAGGACAUUAUAACAGCCGAACCACCUGAGAGCGCUCCUAAGCACUUUCGUCAACCGAACAUGCUCUACAAAGCUUGCAUGAAUACGACUCGGAUUGAAUCGUUGGGAUCCAUACCCAUUACUACAAUUGCGAAUUCCAUGGGUGGUUGGCCACUGAUCGUGGGUGACAAAUGGGACGAGGAUAAUUGGACUUGGCAGGAUCAAAUAAAAAAGUUUCACAGAGGCGGUUUCAACAUGAACUAUAUCAUUAAGUUCUCUAUUAAAGUUGACCUGCAGAACACCACUAAACGCAUCAUGACUGUAAGUAGUGCAAUUAAGUUGCAGCUAAAUCUCAUUGUUUUAUGUUCUUUAGUUGGAUGUAUCGAAUUUGUUUUGAGUCGGGAAUAUCUAGUAAGAGGCUUCAACGAGACUCUAGUGAGCGCCUAUUACGACUACAUGGUGGAUAUUGCUGUCCUCUUUGGUGCCAAGAAGGACGAAGCCAAGAAGCAGUUGUUGCAAUCACUCGAAUUCGAAAUAGCACUAGCUAAUAUAUCCUGGCCUAUCGAGAAGCGUCACAAUCACUCCGAGCUUUACAAUCUUCGUACUCCUCAGCAACUGCAGGCCGAAUAUCCUUACGUUGAUUGGGUGGACUACAUGAAUGCCUUGUUACCAGAGGGACUCAGUGUUCAGGAUGAUGAAAUUAUAAACUUAAUUGAGCCGCCAUUCUUUGAUCAGUUGGGUAAAUUGCUGGCUAGGACGCCAAACCGUGUGAUUGCGAACUAUUUAAUGUGGCGUAUUCAUGAGUUCUCCCUAAGCUAUCUUAGCGAAGAGUUUCAUACUCGUAAACAAAAAUAUAUAAUGAUCCUUGCUGGUCAUCAGGAACAGAGGGCGCGCUGGAAGGAGUGCGUCUAUAUAGUCAGCAAAAUCCUUAGUAAAUCGGUUGCAUUGAUGUACGUUCCCAAGCAUUUCGAUGAGAACUCGAAGUCAAAUGUCCUGGAAAUGGUUAAUAACAUACGCAACGUAUUCAACGAAAUUCUUGAUGAAGUCAACUGGAUGGAUGACAAGACGAGACUGGAGGCCAAGAAUAAACUGCACAAAAUGGCCACAAACAUUGGCUAUCCCGAUGAGUUACUCGACAACGAAAAGCUCAACAAAUACUACGAGAAACUUGAAAUCGAUCCUAAUAAUUAUUUUAAAUCUUAUUUAGCCUUUAACAUAUUUCAAACGAACUGCAUCUUCAACAGACUGCGUUUGCCCGUCAACAAAACCAAUUUGGCUAAUCAUGCCAAGACAACAGAAGUGGAUGCAUCCUAUUCAGCCGAAGGAAACAGCAUUUAUAUUCCAGCUGGCAUUUUGCAGGGUGAUUUCUACAAUGCCAAUCGCCCAAAUUACAUGAAUUUCGGUGCAAUUGGCUAUAUCAUUGGACAUGAAAUCUCUCAUGGAUUCGAUGUUGAUGGUCGACAGUUUGAUGAAGAGGGCAACAUGCGGGAUUGGUGGCAACCAGAUACACAGAAGGCGUAUCUGAAGAAGGCUCAAUGUAUCAUUGAACAGUAUGGCAACUACACAGAACCAAAAACAGGAUUAAAAUUAAACGGCAUCAAUACGCAGAGCGAGAACAUUGCUGAUAAUGUUGGUAUCAAGAUGGCGUAUAGAGCUUACAAACGUUGGGUGGAAAAGCACGGGGAAGAACAAAGGCUGCCUGGUCUGGACUAUACACCACAGCAAAUGUUUUGGAUUUCGGUUGCUCACACCUGGUGCACUAAGUAUCGUAAGGAAUACUUAGAUUUAUGGAUUAAAACAGACGAGCACUCGCCAUCGGAGUUUCGCAUAUUGGGACCGCUGAGUAAUUCAAAGGAAUUUUCCAAAGACUUCCAAUGCCCAGAAGGCUCACCAAUGAAUCCCGUGCAUAAAUGUGAAGUGUGGUAGAUUUUAUUCUAUAAUAAAUAUAUUUUAUUAAUUUUUUUAUUAAAGAGAUGCAGUUAUUAUUGUCAUA